AUGGCCUCGCCUCCAGCUUCAGGUACUUCACCAACCGACUCCCCCGCAAACUCACCCGCAAACUCACCCAGCACGUCGUUAUCAUUUACCUCAUGGAAUAACGACAAACCAACAACCAUUGUCCUUCUCCAUGGUGGCUUUACCUGUCAUCUCGAGUUUGCCCUCGUCCUUCCACACCUCUCCGACUUCCACAUCCUUCUUCCCGACCUCCCACUACAUUCCGCGUCACGCCACAUCACACCAGGCACGACCGACAAGUCGGCCUGGCAUGUCGCACAACUCAUUCGAUCACACGCCCACGGCGGAAAAGCCCACGUCGUCGGUGUCUCCAUGGGCGGGUACAUAGGCCAGUGCCUCGCGUUGGACCAGCCUGACCUCGUCCUCUCGCUCUUUGUCACUGGUGCUGCCCCGCUAGUUGGCAAACGCUUGUUCAUGGCGCGCUGGACAAGUGUAACCUAUUACUCUAUGAGGAUGAUGCUGCAUUGGCUCCCUGACUGGGUGUUCCGGUAUCAGAACUCAUCACUUGGCCUGAGGGUGAGUGACGAAUUGGUAGCAGCGAUGAGGGACAACAUCACCUGGCCGGUAGUCCAAGAUAUGUUCACCUGGAUCCUGUCCUUCACUUUGGAUGACGUGCGGAAGUUAAAAGUACGGACUCUAUCCGUCGCGGGGGCAAAGGGGGAUGACGUGCCUAUGAUCGAGAGGACGGCUGAGGCGUUGAGGAACAGGCGGACUGCCCAGGGCGAGGCGUGGCCCGAGGAUGGAUCAGGAGCAGUUGUGUUGAGGGAGGCAACACAUGCGUGGGACUUGCAGUUUCCAGAGCUCUUUGCUCAAGGGGUAUUGGCUUGGGUCAAGGGGGAGAAAUUACCCAACGAGUUUGAGAGACUUUAA